AUGUCUCGAAAUGUGUCCAUUUGUGAGGAAGUCACAUAUUUUGACACCACACACGAAGCUGGUUCGGCGGAGAGUCAAGCCACCGAAAACGAUCGAUUGAUGGAGUCGGAUGAUGAGGGAAGUAUUCGGAUUGAAGUACCACAAAGGCCAUCACAUGGAGGGAGUAGUGGAAGUGGGCCGAGAAUGGGCAGGAGAUUCACUCUGAAUCCCCUAAUCUUCGCUAAAGAAGAGAAAGAAGCCCGUCGACAAUCACUCGCCCAACUCAAGCUCAGCUAUUACCCGAAAAAUCAGAAUCCUGAAGCCUACGAUGCUGGGAUGGGUUUUUGUGGCUGGUUGCUGAUGUUUCUCUCGUGGAUUCUAAUGCUCUCCACGUUUCCUAUUUCGGUUAUAUUUUGCAUAAAAGUAGUUCAAGAAUACGAAAGAGCCGUUAUUUUCCGGUUGGGUCGUUUGAUCGGUGGUGGAGCAAGGGGGCCAGGCAUUUUCUUCGUUCUUCCAUGCAUUGAAGCGUAUACGAAAGUCGAUUUGAGAACGGUUUCGUUCAAUGUGCCACCACAAGAGAUCUUGACGAAAGAUUCGGUGACCGUCUCGGUGGAUGCUGUCGUUUACUAUCGAAUUUCAAAUGCAACCGUAUCGGUAGCAAACGUGGAAAAUGCGCAUCAUUCGACUCGCCUACUUGCUCAAACAACUCUGAGAAAUAUGUUGGGAACAAAAGAUUUAGCUGAGAUUUUAUCGGAUCGUGAUGCGUUGGCGAUUAGUAUGCAGGGUGUCCUCGAUGAUGCCACUGAGAGUUGGGGAAUCAAAGUGGAGAGAGUUGAGAUCAAAGACGUUCGUUUACCCGUACAACUACAAAGAGCGAUGGCUGCUGAAGCUGAGGCGACAAGAGAGGCUAGAGCAAAGGUAAUAGCAGCUGAGGGAGAACAAUUGGCUUCUCGAUCACUUCGAGAAGCCGCCCACGUGAUCUCUCAAUCGCCAGCCGCUCUUCAGCUCCGCUACUUGCAGACGUUGAAUUCUGUCGCCGCCGAAAAAAACUCGACGAUCAUUUUCCCGCUUCCCAUCGAAUUGAUAAAACAUUGGCUUAGU